AGCCGACCAGUUGAUCUCUUGUGUCGGGACCGCCGUCCAUCGCACCAUGUUGCGUCGCCGCACCCUCGCCACCCUUGCGGUACUGCUCCACGCCGAUGUGCACGCGGUAGACACGGACUUCGGAGGGUACCCAGCCCGUUCUGGAGUCGGCAUCUGGGUUGAUGUUGACACGCCGCAGGAAGCGCGGACAAAGGUGUCAUCUCGCGGCGAAACGUGGGACCUUGUCAUGAGCGACGAGUUCGAGAUUGAGGGCCGAUCGUUCAAAGCGGGCCAGGAUCAUCUCUGGACAGCUCUUGACAUCCCCGACGGCGUCAAUGCCGCGCUUGAGAUGUACAACUCGUCCAACGUGUACACGAAGAACGGCAAGCUCGUCAACAAGAUCGAGGAAGGACCAACGAAUGCGACAUACUUUAACCAGUGGCUUGAAGUGCCAGCGAUGGAGACGCGCACGCUGCACUACACCGCCGGCAUGAUUCAGUCGUGGAACAAGUUUUGCAUGCAAGGUGGGCUCAUCGAAGUCGCCGCCAAACUGCCCGGGGCGAUCAAUAACGUGCCGGACGCCGAGCACAAGAGCGUGACCAACAACCCGAACGCACUCGGGUUCAAGUGGGUCGAUGGGAGGAAGGUUCCCCUCCCUCCGCUCACCCCAGUCGUCGACGGUGCAUACUACCCAACGUGGCCCGGCAUUUGGCUCAUGGGGAACUUGGGCCGCGCGCUCUUCGCCGGCUCAACGACGCGCAUGUGGCCAUGGACGUACAACGAGUGCGACGAGUCGCUGGCGCCACAUCAAUUGAUUUCGGCAUGCAAUGCCAAUCCGGGCUACGGUUUGAAUCCGAACCAAGGGCGCGGCGCGCCAGAGAUCGACAUCCUCGAGGGUGGCGGGAAGGCCAUCUCGUCGUCGAUUCAAAUCGCCCCCGGCAUGCCAGACCAGUACCGCCGGAAACCGGUCGUCAAGGGCGGCCCCGACACGGACAACAAAACGAUGGAGACCAACAUCUACUGCGUGUACGGCAAGGAGUGCUUGACCCCCGGCGCCAACAUCCCGGACGCCCCCACGUCGGCCUAUAAGGAGCGCAACUACAAGAGCUGGUACCAAGGGCUCCGAUAUGCCGUCAACAGCCAAUGCCCCCGAAACUACGCCCAAGCUCAAGGCGAAAAGGGCUACUUGUCGGUGAAAGCGGCGCAGGACAAAGGGCUCAUCAACUUGAACUACUGGUAUUGGGAAGAGAUGAGUGCAGCCAAGGACGUCCAUGCGGACCUGGGCCUCAUCGACGGCAAGGGGCCUCUCCACUGGGGUAUCAACUACGAAGGCCGGUGCUUUCCCAUCGCGAACGGCUACGUCGGAUCGUUCCUGUGUGACCCCGACUCGAAGAACCCCAAGUGCGAGUCGCCGCGCAAGGAAGGCGUCGCCGACACGAACCAAAUGGCCAAGUUUGAGUACCAAAUGGAUGCGAUCUCGGCCAACUGGGACAUCAAUCACGAUGCGUACACGACGUUUUACAUUUACCAAGUCGAGUGGGUCAUGGGCGCGACCGGGUACAUUCGGUGGAGCCUGCGCGACGCGCCGCUGUUCGAGAUUCCCGCAGCUGCCAUCACAGACCCGCCGCAGGACCCGACUGGGAAAGUCCGCAACCCCAAGAAGCUCAUGAUUGAAGAGCCCAUGUACAUCAUUUUCAACGUUGCGCUCGCGAAAGCAUGGGGUGCCACUCCGCCCAACGUUGGCAUCGGCCCGUGCCGCGGGAACGCGACGCACCCUGCGCCAGGCUCGGAAGCAUACAACAAGACGCACAACAUUUGCGACUCGUUCCCCAUGUACAUGGAGGUCGACUACAUCCGCAUCUACCAAGACGUGUCCACGAUGACGCUGGGGUGCGACCCGCCGACUCACCCGACCAAGCAGUGGAUCGACGAGCAUCUCAAGGACUACACGGAUGCGAAGAACCCCAUGACCCGCGUCGACGGCGGCGCGACUUGCAACUCGGACGACGACUGCCUCGCCAUCGGCACCACGGUUCCGAGCGGCCGGUGUGCGGAACGCCGGUGCUUCUGCGUCAAAGGGUAUGGCGGCCCCCGGUGUACCAAAUUUGUCGGCGCGAAAUCCAUCGACACCAAAUCGCCCAACUUUUUUGGCCCGCAAUAUCUCUACCCUGUCGUCCUCAUCAGCGUCGUCGCGCUCGUGCUCGUCCUGACAACGGUCGUUCGACGAAGGCGCCACGCCGCUGCCGCCGCGCUCGCUGCCACCACGCAAAGCCGCAAACCCACCAAGCAACUCGACGACAACUUCGACGACGACGCGACCCCGCAGCAGCAGCAGCGGCGAUUCUAUGCCCCUGCCAACUCGUCGCAAGUCUAGUUGGUGGUUUCAAUACAAUAGGCUUUAGAUCGAGCUGGCCCUGGGUGCCUCCCCGUGUUUCCCAUGGUGCAAGGCUGGCUUGAGCAAACCGCGGUUUGCCUACUCUGUAAAGAUGAAGGAUUUGGCCAUUGC